GUGAGUGAGAGCUCGGGGGCAGUGGCGCUUUCAAAGGGGCACCAUCAACACAGCAGCCGGUCCAGCCCGCCACGUAGAACCGAAACCACCGGGAGUUCGGAAAAUCUCACGUUUUCUUGGGAGGAAAUGUUUCGACGGCGAAGUGCUGCCCCCCACACGGAAUCCCGAAGUGGGUUUUGAAGUGAUCAUCCUCAGAUCCAGCAACCAUGUCUGGGAAGUCAGAUGGGAAGAAGAAGUGGGCGGCGGUCAGGGGUCGCCUGGGCUCCUCGCAGGACUCCGACACGCAGCAGGAAGCCAACCUGGAAAGCGCUGAUCCGGAGCUGUGCAUCCGGCUGCUGCAGGUUCCCACUGUGGUCAAUUACUCCGGGUUGAAGCGCCGCCUGGAGGGCAGCGAUCAGACCUGGAUGGUCCAGUUCUUGGAGCUGAGCGGCUUGGACCUCCUCCUGGAGGCCCUGGACCGGCUCUCCGGGCGAGGGUGUUCUCGCAUCGCGGACGCUCUGCUGCAGCUCACAUGCGUCAGCUGCGUCCGUGCGGUAAUGAACUCCUCCGCCGGGAUCCACUUCAUCAUAGAGAACCAGGGAUACAUCCGGAAGCUCUCACAAGCCCUGGACACCUCCAACAUCAUGGUGAAGAAGCAGGUGUUUGAGCUCCUCGCUGCCCUCAGCAUGUUCUCCUCAGAUGGUCACCGCCUGGCGCUGGAUGCUCUGGAUCACUACAAGGGUGUGAAGAUGCAGCAGUAUCGCUUUAGCGUGAUCAUGAAUGAGCUGCAGGCCACAGACAACGUCCCCUACAUGGUCACGCUCCUCAGCGUCAUCAACGCGCUCAUCUUCGGCACAGAUGACCUCCGGCAGAGAGACAAGAUGAGAAAAGAGUUCAUUGGCCUCCAGUUGUUGGACAUUCUGCCAAAGUUAAGGGAGCAGGAGGAUGAGGACUUGACCAUUCAGUGUGAAGCCUUUGAGGAGUCGAUGGCUGAAGAUGAGGAGGAGCUGCUGAGGGUGUACGGGGGCAUCGACAUGAGCGACCACCUGGAGGUUUUCACUGCCCUCUUCAACAAGGUGAGCAGCUCUCCUGCUUCCCUUCAGCUGCUCUCCAUCCUGCAGACGUUGUUGGUGCUGGGACCGAGCCGCACUGAUAUCUGGCUGGCCCUCGAGGCCCUCACAAAUAGAGCCAUCCUGCUGGCCCAAGACUCUCAUUUGGAGUCCUGUGAGAAGAUCCUGCAGCGGCUGAUGUUCUCCAAACGGAGAAGCUGUGAAGGUUAUCAUGAAGUGGACGCGCCCGUGCUGAGAGCGGAUAAGUCUGUGCAGACUGAUCCGGAUCACAAAGACAAGCCAGACGGAAACAAAGGGUCCCCUCAGAGCUCCCCGUGUGCCUUCGCUGCACCGCCUCCACCACCACCACCUCCUCCUCCUCCGCCGCCGCUACCUGGAGGGCCCAACAUUCCUCCUCCUCCACCACCUCCUCCUCCUUUGCCUGGAAUGCCUCCUCCACCACCACCACCCCUGCCUUGUGGUUCUGGUGUCCCUCCACCACCGCCACCUCCCCCACCCUUAGGAGGAAUGGGGCCCCCACCUCCUCCACCCCCGCCUGGAAUGCCUCCUCCUCCACCUCCACCGGGUGGGAUAGUGGCUCAAAGUAGCCAAGCCUUGGGGUGUGCUGCACCUGCGACCCUGCGACGGUGUCCCACUCUGAAGAUGAAGAAGCUCAACUGGCAGAAGCUGCGCUCUGUUUCUGACGGUCCCUCCAUGUGGGCUUCAGUGCAGAAGGAGGCGCCUCCUCACGAACCGGACUACAGCAGCAUCGAGGAGCUGUUUUGCCUCCCUGUGACGGAGCCUAAAGACAAGGGGGCGGCUGCACCCGUCAAGAAGGAGCCUAAAGAGGUUACAUUUAUAGACCCAAAGAAAAGCUUGAAUAUUAACAUAUUUUUAAAGCAGUUCAGAUGCUCAAAUGAGGACUUUGUGGCGAUGAUCAAGACUGGAGACCGGAGCAAGUUUGACGUUGAGGUGCUGAAGCAACUUCUCAAGCUCUUACCGGAGAAACACGAGAUUGAGAACUUGAAGUCUUUCCAAGGAGAAAAGGAGAAGUUGGCAAAUGUUGACCGUUUCUUCAGCUCCCUCCUCACUGUGCCAUGCUAUCAGCUGAGAAUUGAAUGCAUGCUGUUGUGUGAGGAGACGGCGUCCAUGUUGGAGAUGCUGCAGCCUAAAGUGAAGGUGGUGGAGGAGGCCUGUCAGUCCAUCAGAACGAGCACACUUAUACCCAGCUUCUGCAGGCUCAUCCUCGACGUGGGCAAUUUUUUGAACUACGGGAGUCACACGGGGAACGCAGAGGGGUUCAAGAUCAGCUCGCUGCUCAGGCUCACCGAGACGAAGGCCAACAAGAGCCGCGUCACUCUGCUGCAUCACAUCUUGGAGGAAGCGGAAGAAAACCACCCAGAGAUUUUGGCACUGCCGGAUGAAAUGCAGAUAUGUCAGAAAGCAGCAGGAGUCAAUCUGACUUCUAUUCAGUCAGAAAGUGGCACCUUACUGAAACAGCUGACCGACGCCACCAAGAAAAUCUCCAACUCUGACGACGAGGUGAAGGAACAGUAUUCUAAAGUUCUUCAGGAAAAUCUGGAGGCCUGUAGUGCUUUGGGAGAGAGAUUCGCUGAGAUCGAGAAGAAGAGGAGCGAGCUGGCCGUCUACUUGUGUGAAGAUGCUGCUAAGCUGUCGCUGGAGGAACUCUUCGGGACCAUCAGUACUUUCCGAGACCUUUUCAUCAAGGCGCUGAAGGAAAACAAAAUGAGGAAGGAGCAGGCAGCCAAGGCCGAGAAGAGAAAGAAGCAACUGGCAGAGGAAGAAUCCAAGAGGCAGAAGGGAGACAACGGAAAAAUAAUCAAAAAAGGCAUCGCUCCACAGAACGAUGGCUGCAUCAUCGAUCACCUCUUGGCGGAUAUCAGGAAAGGUUUCAGCCUCAGAAAGACCCGGCCAAGGUGCGAUUCGGAUAACCUCCCUACUAGUGAAAAACGUAGAGAUACCUGCCCACCUGGAUCGCAUGUGAAGUCUGCCGACGAAAAGGCCGGCGAAGCGGAAUCUACGUCCUCCCCCGCCAAAGCUCUGACAGAGGACCGGCGAGGCCUCACAGGAGAAGUGAACGGCUGCCUCUCCCCGUCAGAAGAAACUCCGACAGCACCUCGGCUCAGUACAGGCCGAGGAGGAACAGCUACGUCUCCGAGCGCACGCCAAGGAGAGGAAGCCACAACGGCUCCGAAACGCCCGGAUGGUCCACGCCCAGAGAAGCUUUCCGCCUUAACGCUAGAUGUGACCUCACCCCCGCCUCCGGCUGACACGAAUAUUCCCACAAACUGCUUCUCGGGCGAGUCGAGUGAGACCAGCGUGCUGAGUCCAUCCACCCUCUCUGAUUUAGACCUGCUGGAGGUGGCGUUGGACAGCACGCCGUCUGAGAAGCUGACGCCUGAGGGUGCAGCAGAAAUCGGCUCUCUAGUCAAAGAAAGCUCCCCCAGCACAGACAUUAAUGUGGAGACGAGUGACAGCAGUAUAACGGGAAGUGGGAGGGCUGGGCUUAAACCAGACGAGGCGCGGGAAGAGGGCAGCCAAGAGGAGCUCAUCACACACCUACCUUCAGACCCUAAAGUCAGCCUGAACACUCUGGACGAAGGCAUCGGUGGGUGCGACGUUCCAGAUGGGCCCGAAGAUCUGCCGUCUGCAUCUGAAGCUGUGCCCCCCUCCCUUAAGCCUGAACCAAAGAAACAAGUGAGGCUGUUUAAGCGAACCAAACAAAAGAGUAAUCAAGGUAACAGUGGAAAAGGACACAGUAAACAUAAAACAGGCUGUGUGUUGCAGUGAGGUGACGCCAGAAAAAGAAAAUCAAGAGGAAAAAGAAAAUGUUAAAGACUGAAAAGACGAUUUUAAUUUUUUUGUGAGAAAACAUUAAACUUUGACUGUUCGAGAGGAUUCAUGAAAGCUUUCUUCAAUGAGAAGAAAGGGGAUGCAUCCAAGAUUUAUGGGAUUUUUCACUGUGGGUGCCAAUGGGUCACUUUGUUUUUGUGGCCAUUAAUGAAGUGAUAUUUAAAUGGGUUAAAAUUGAUCUUUAUAUGUUGUAAUAUCCAGUGAAUGUGUUUUUUGCCAUACGCUUGUGUUUAACUGGCAGCAUACACUCAGUAUUGGUACAAAAUGUUUAAUUUAUCCAAACAAAGAUGAAUUUAUCUGCAUUUAUAUAUUCUAAAGAUGGAAAAAAAAUGUUGGAAUGUAACUUUUAAUGUUAUAUUUUAAUAAAAUGUUGAUCUGUUAUUUA